CAAAAAUAUGUGCAGUUUAGCUGAUAGAAUUAUCCUAUUUAUUGUAAUAUUAGGUGGAUGCGGUGAAAUAUAUACGAAACUUCAGAAAAAUGAUCGUAUUAAGUUGAAAUUGUAUACGAAAAAUAAUUCAGAUCCAUAUAAAAUUAAUAUUGAAAACAUAGCAGAUAUUCCAAUAGAUCUUGCUAGUCGCUUAGAAAUAUUAGUUCAUGGAUGGCGUGGCGAUUCAUAUUUGCCAUGGAUAAAAUUAAUGAAAGAUACUUUACUAGAAAAUGGAUCUAAAAAUGUGUUAAUAGUUGAUUGGAAAGGGUUGGCAAAUAAAAUAAUUACAAAAAUUCCAUCACCUGUAUUCGUAAAUAGAGGUAUACGCUCAAAUAGGGAAUGCAAAAUACUGGGUGACGGUGUGAGCGAUAUAUUAUGGGGUUUACUGCCUAGUAUAAUUUAUAAAAGGUGGACAGAAAACAUUCCUAUUGUUGGAGAAUAUGUUGGCGAACUAUUAAUAUCACUAGCUGAAGCUAAAAAUUUAAGCAUGAAAAAUAUACAAAUUAUUGGAUUUUCAUUAGGCGCACAUGUCGCAGGAUCUAUAGGUAAAACAAUCAAGACUAAGAUAGAUAAAAAGAUUGGACGUAUUACAGGAUUAGAUCCGGCAGGACCAUUAUUUAGAAAUGUUUCAGCUGAGAAACGUUUAGAUAAAGACGAUGCAAUGUUUGUUGAUGUUAUUCAUACUCAUGGAAUGAUGUAUGGCUUAUAUAUGCCGAUCGGUCAUGUUGAUUUCUAUGUAAAUGGCGGUUGUACACAGAAAUGUAGUAAAUUGGAUAAAUUUCCACCUUGUUCUCACCUGUUAGCUUGUAAUUACUUUAUUGAGUCUAUAAAGUCUAAUGAAUUUAUUUCUACACUUUGUGAUUCGUACAAGAACUACGAAGAAGGGCAAUGCGAGCAUAGACAAAAAGUUUCAAUGGGUUGUCAGUUGGAAAAAACUGCCUCAAGUGGAAACUAUUACCUUAACACCAAUAUAAAACCACCAUAUGCAAAGGGAUAGGAAACCUGAU